AUGAUGAGUCGCUAACAAAACAAUAUCGUUAACGUGUUCCAAUUCUGAAAUGUUUGCAGCUAGCGAUAGUAGGGUACAUUCUAUGAGAUAAACCGAAGACCUUCUACCCUGCUCUCUCUGCCUCCCCACCCCCUCCCUCUCCCUCUCCCGCCGCUGGUCCGUUCUCCCGUCCGAAGACCUGCACCCCCCUCCUUCUCCUUCAGACCCUGUGAUGUCGCCCCUCUGUGAUGGUUUCCUGUCACAGUACACCCACCACCACCUGGUUGCCUUCUUCCUCACUUUCUUUAGCUAUGUGCUUCUGCACUCCUCGAGGAAGACCUUCAGCAAUGUGAAAGUUAGCAUCUCGGCACAGUGGACGCCCUCUGUUAAGAAUGACAGCAGCCCAGACUUCUCUCCUGCGGAGACCUGGGAUGAGAAUAAGCUGUUUGCAGACACUGAAGAGGCCACACUGUUCCUGGGGGCUCUGGACACAAUUUUCCUCUUCUCCUACGCAGUUGGCCUGUAUGUGAGCGGGGUCAUCGGGGAUAGACUCAACCUGCGCUACGUCCUCUGCUUUGGACUGUGUGGCUCUGCCGUGGUGGAGUUUGUAUUUGGAACGCUAACCGAAUGGCUGCACUUCUACAACAUCUACUUCUACUGCUCAAUGUGGGUCCUGAAUGGCCUGCUGCAGUCGGCCGUCUGGCCCUGUGUGGUGGCCGUCAUGGGAAACUGGUUUGGAAAAUCCGGCCGCGGGUUCGUGUUCGGCCUGUGGAGCGCCUGUGCGUCGGUGGGGAACAUUCUGGGGGCCGUCCUGGCGUCCAGUGUGCUAAUGUAUGGGUACGAGUACGCCUUCCUGGUGACCUCUUCCGUGCAGUUUGCGGGCGGAGUGGUGGUGUUCUUCGGCCUGCUCACCUCUCCAAAGGAAGUUGGCCUGGUCAUGACUGACCUGAAACCCGGGGAGCGGGACUCGGACAGCCACAAGCCUCUCAUUAGUGACGAUGAGGAGGAGGAGGAGGACGAGGGGUUGACUGGGGGUAACUACUCCAUUCAGCAGCAGGAGGUGCAGAUCGAGACCCCGCCCAGUGCCAUAGGCUUCUGUCAGGCCUUCUGCCUCCCUGGGGUAUUGCCAUACUCCCUGGCCUAUGCCUGUCUGAAGCUGGUCAACUACUCCUUCUUCUUCUGGCUGCCCUUCUAUCUCAGCAGAACCUUCGGCUGGAAGGAGGCCCAGGCCGACCGGCUGUCGGUGUGGUACGACGUGGGCGGGAUCCUGGGUGGCACAGUGCAGGGUCUGAUCUCAGACUGUCUGGGGAAGCGGGCCCCGGUGUUGGCCGUCAGUCUGGUGCUGGCCAUGGCCUCCCUGGUGGGCUUCAGCCAUUCCCCAAAUGAUCGAGUGGUCAACGCGGUGCUUCUGGCUGUCACAGGGUUCUUCAUUGGCGGCCCCUCUAACAUGAUCAGCUCGGCCAUCUCUGCAGACCUGGGCAGACAGGAGGCCCUCCGGGGCAGCCAGGAGGCUCUGGCCACCGUCACCGGCAUCGUGGAUGGAACCGGGAGCAUCGGAGCUGCUGCGGGACAGUACCUGGUGUCCCUGAUUGCGAGCAAGCUGGGCUGGACGUGCGUGUUUUACUUCUUCGUCGUCAUGACAGGGGGCGGUAUGGUGUUCAUCCUUCCCCUGAUCGUCAGCGAGGUGCGCUCCAUGUGGAGGGACAGAGUGGCGCGGACGCACCAGCUGUGAGAGGCGGGCUGUCCCUGCCUCUGCUCAGGGCCCCCAGGGGGGACAUGUCUCUCAUGCGCUCUCCAAGGGUCCCCCCCUCGGCUGCCGGUGCGCAGACUGGCCCCAAACACCUGACCUGCCCUUUCACAGACGGCCACAGUACAGCAAACGCCUGCGGUGCCCGGUGCCUCGCUGCAAGGCGUGGAUUGGAAGUUACGGUGUUGUUACGCAAGCUUGCGGGCAGUGAAUUGCUGGAAAUGCUAGACAAGGGACGGCCAAACGAGUUACGAUAACCGAGCUGGGACUUUUGACCGUUCUUGUUUUUCUUUUGUCUAAAAUGAAAUGGAAGCUUGUUACUUCAAGGACCAUGAGCCAAGUGAAAAGUCAAAGGCCUAUUUUGGGUGAGGGGCAGGCCCCUCUCUAGAGUAAGCAGUGGCCAGCUUAGUGUCAGUCAUUCCAGUCCUAUAACCUGUGUCUCUGAGCAUUUUGGCUUGUGAUGGUUGAUAGGAAAGUGUACCUUGGGGCCUUUUAGGACAAGAGAGCAGUUGCCUUUUGAAGUUUGUCAUGUGUAUAUACACAUCUGGAAACACACACAUACACAUACACACACACACACACACACACACACUCUUCUCACUAUUUUCUUUUUGUCCUCAGUUACUGUCUGGGUAUAUGGUUACAAUCGGUGCAGCAUAUGAGGUCUAUUGUCAAUGAUUUUGCAGUUUAAAAUGUCAAGCAUUAAUGGUUUCUUAAAACAUAUUGUGAUGGUCAUGCAUGUAAUACUUUUGUCAAUCUGCAUUUUCAAUGUAUUUGCAUGAUCUGAUUGUCUGUUGUCAAAUAGACGCAUUGCAUAUGGUACUGUGAAGAAACAAAACCAUUAAUCUAGUGUGGCGAUUCUUACAAUGCAAUCCCAGAAGUGCCAGGAAGGGGCUCUGUUUUGCUGCUCUGUCAAGGACUGAAAUGUGCUUUUUAUUUUUAAGAUGAUCGGUAUUUCACAUUUGCACUUUUAAUUUAAAGCGGUUUUAUUUCUCUAUGUGAUGGAUGGAGACUUAUUUGGCAUUAGUGGUGAUUAGUCUUAAUCAUUGUUGUCCAUUUCCAUUUCACAAAAUGCUUUUUGGAAUGAAGCAUGUGGGCUCUAAUGCAAUCAGUGGGAGAAGUUAAUGAACAAUCCCAAAAGGGACAAGACUUCAUGCAGUUUUUUUUAUGUUCCAUGUCAGGUUAUGAUAUUCAGCUGGUAUUUUAAAUGAUCAUAUUCUGUUCUUUCUUUUUUUAAUUGAUUCACAAAUAGGAAAAUCUAAGUGCAGGUAAAGGAAUUGAUUUCAGAUCACUUGAUUUCAGAAUUACCAUGGCUCCUAGAAAUGGGUUCUACAGUUGGGUGUAAAAAUUUGGGCACCCCUGGUUGCGAUGUCUGUAUGUUUGUAUCAUUUUUUACGGUUUAUAAAUUAUAAUAAAUAAAAAAAACAAAGAAAAGGGUUCUGUGCCAAAAGUUUGGGAGCACUUUUGGAUUGUUCUUUGUUUCUUUUUAAAAAGAUGAUUACUAAGGCCCAGACCCAGCUGAUUUACUCUUCAUUCAGUCAGCUGAGUAUAAUUCCAGGGCUGAACUUUCCUAGUAUCCAACUGCAGUGGCUGUUCUGACUGGUGUUCGCAACCAUGGGUUCCUCCAAACCAGGGGUGUCAAACUGAAUCCCCAGGGGGCCGCAGUGUCUGCGGGUUUUUGCCAAUUAAGGCCAAUUAAGGCCUUGAGAACAAGGCGUGUAGAUACUUUAAUCAAUCAGUGACUUGAAUGAACCCAGAACACCCCAAAAACCAGCAGACCCUCCAGGACUGGAGUUUGACACCUGUGCUCUAAACAGUUGUCCAAGGAUUUCAGAAUGAAGGCGGUUCAUUUCCACCAAGAAGGAGAAGGCAAGCUACCUAUUUCUACUCUCAGAAACAUUAUUAGAAAAUGGGAGGUAAAUGGAACAGUGAAGUCAAGACAAAGAAAGAUUGCUAAUAGAAUGGCCAGAGACCUGGUGAGAAAUGCUCUGAAGAACACAUAUCACUGCCAAAGAGCUGAAAAAAAGAGCAGCAAACACAGGACAACAAUACAACAUACAUUAAACAACAAAGACCUACAUGGCAGAGUUGCCAGAAAGAAGGACGUCAACAGAACAUUAAGCUUCUGAAGUAUUCAAAAUAAAUCAUUUAGGACCCUGGAGAACGUGGAGAAAAAGGGUGAAGUCUUCGGAGAGAAGAAAACUUUGCUGCGAAGCAUGGAUCCAUUAUGCUUUGGGAUUGUGUGGCAGCUGGGGGCACAGGAAAUAAUAUUUCUGAGCUGGAGGAAUUCUGCCAGGUAAAAUGGAGAAAAAUUCCAAAAGCAUGAAUUCACUCUUUACAAGAAGCUCUUUACAAGCUGUAUAGUUGCCUGAGGAGGAGUUACAAAGUACGGACUAACAGGGUUUCCAAACUUUUGCACAGGGCCUUUUUCCUUCUUUUUUUAUUAUUUAGAAAAUAAAAAAAUGAAAGUAAUCUUGUUUUAAAAUGUAAAGGAAUGUGUCAUGUUUAAUGUUGUACCAAUUAGAGGUCAGGUUUGCUUCUAAGGCUUUUUGACCAGGGGUACCCAAACCUUUGCACCCAACUGUACCUGUACCUGUGUCUUUGUUCAUCAAAAUGAAAACCAGGAAUGAAACGCUGCAAUAAAUCCAAUGUUCUUGAGGCUUAUUUCUUUUUAGUUUUACAUUGUCUUCAAUGAAUAAAGAUUGGAGACGU